AUGCGAUCUACCCCUUUCAUUCAUCUACUCACCUCCUCGGCAUACAUCACCUAUGCUGUAGCCGACAGCUGUUGCUGGAGUGACUACUGGGCCGAGAACAACUGGCUGUGGCUCAAUUGGGACGAGCCCGCGGGGGCCGUGAAGUGCGGUCUCAGCGGCCCGUUAUAUCCCGGCACGAAGUGCAGCGUCGAGAACUCGAAGGACUCCGACGGCAACAUCCAAGCUCUUACGAACGUCACCUUUGGUAACGACACGCAGCCGUUCAAGUUCCGCAUCGGCAUCGACCCCAGCAGUUGCAAAACGUUGCCCGACGACAAGGUCGUUACUGGGUGGGAGGGCUGGGGAGCGUACCUGUUCAAAAACCACGACUUCAAUGAGGAGCCCCUGAACAGGUGUGUUCAAGACAACUCGGCCUGA